CUCCCCUCCCCUCCCCGGCACUGCAGCAUUCGCCGACUGCAGCUCCAGCCGCCGCCCGCGCCUCCCGGCCUCCGCAGCCCGCGCCGCCAGCACCAUGGCCAGCACCCUGUCCGCCUACAAGGAGAAGAUGAAGGAGCUGUCGGUGCUGUCGCUCAUCUGCUCCUGCUUCUACUCACAGCCACACCCCAACACCAUCUACCAGUACGGGGACAUGGAGGUGAAGCAGCUGGACAAGAGGGCCUCUGGCCAGAGCUUCGAGGUCAUCCUCAAGUCCCCUUCUGACCUGUCCCCCGAGAGCCCAGUGCUCUCCUCUCCCCCCAAGAGGAAGGACACCUCCCUGGAGGAGCUGCAGAAGCGGCUGGAGGCUGCUGAGGAGCGAAGGAAGACGCAGGAGGCGCAGGUGCUGAAGCAGCUGGCGGAGCGGCGCGAGCACGAGCGCGAGGUGCUGCACAAAGCCCUGGAGGACAACAACAACUUCAGCCGCCUGGCGGAGGAGAAGCUCAACCACAAGAUGGAGCUCAGCAAGGAGAUCCGCGAGGCGCACCUGGCGGCGCUGCGCGAGCGGCUGCGGGAGAAGGAGCUGCACGCCGCCGAAGUGCGCAGGAACAAGGGGCAGCGGGAGGAGAUGUCCGGCUAAGGGGCUGCGGGCCGCAGGCGCCUGGAUCCUGAGAGGAGCCGUCCACACACGCGGGCUCUGGUUUCGUCUUGUCCCACUUUGUCUAGAUGCAACUCUUGUUCCUGCUCCCUCCUCCCCAGCACUCCCAGCUCCUGCUUCUCUUUCCGCUCUGAGCUGCCCAGUCCUCGUGGCAUGUCGCUCUCCACAGGCGCGCCCUCCAGGAGCCACCAGGGCGUGGCACGGUCCCUCAGUUCAGGCACAGGCCAGGCACUGGCCAGGCCCCCUCUUGGGGGCCCUCUUAGCAGAUGUGGUGACAGCCUCAAUAAAUCCAGUGGUGGUAGCAGGAA